AUGAAGCUUCUCGCAUCAACCGUCCUUAUGGGCGCUGCUGCGGCAUCCAUACCUCAACAACAGGUUCUCCAGAACCCAUUCAAAUCAGCAACAAAGCCGGUCUCUGAUGCUUGGUCUAAAUCAAUGGAAUCUUUGGGUCAACUCACUGGUUCCAUGAAAGGCAUGACUGCCGAAGCCAAAGCUAUCUGGGAUGAAGUUUCAAUGCUUUUCCCGGAGGCGAUGGAAAAAGCUACCUUCUUCUCUCAACCAAAACCUCAUACAAGAAGACCAGAUUCUACCUGGGAUUAUAUUGUCAAGGGCGCAGAUAUUCAAAGCGUUUGGGUUGAGAACUCGGAGGGAGAGAAGGAGCGCGAAAUUGAUGGAAAGCUUGAGCAAUACAACAUGAGAGCUAAGAAGGUUGACCCUAGCAAGCUCGGUGUUGAUACAGUCAAGCAAUACAGUGGUUAUUUGGAUGAUGAGGAGAAUGAUAAGCAUCUUUUCUAUUGGUUCUUUGAAUCUAGAAAUGACCCUAAGAACGAUCCAGUCGUUCUUUGGUUGAACGGAGGGCCAGGAUGUUCUUCUUUAACCGGCCUCUUCCUCGAACUUGGUCCUUCCUCAAUUGACAAGAACCUCAAACUACACAACAACCCAUACUCAUGGAACGCCAAUGCUUCCGUUAUCUUCCUUGACCAACCGGUUAAUGUUGGAUACUCAUACAGUGGUUCAUCUGUUAGCAACACAGUUGCUGCAGGCAAGGAUGUUUAUGCUCUUCUCACCUUGUUCUUCAAACAAUUCCCUGAAUACGCUAAGCAAGAUUUCCACAUUGCUGGUGAAUCUUAUGCCGGUCAUUACAUUCCAGUUUUCACAAGUGAGAUCUUAUCUCACAAGAAGCGCAACAUCAACCUCAAGUCCGUUCUUAUCGGUAACGGUUUGACUGAUGGACUUACACAAUAUGAGCACUACAGACCAAUGGCUUGUGGAGAGGGUGGAUGGCCAGCCGUUCUCGGUGCCAGCGAAUGUCAAGCUAUGGAUAACGCUCUUCCACGUUGCCAAAGUUUGAUUCAAAACUGCUACGACAGCGAGAGCGUUUGGUCUUGUGUUCCAGCAAGCAUUUACUGCAACAAUGCUAUGAUGGGACCUUACCAAAGAACUGGACAGAACGUUUAUGAUGUUCGUGGCAAAUGUGAAGACACCAGCAACUUGUGCUACUCUGCCCUUGGCUGGAUCAGCGAGUUCUUGAACAAAGCCGAUGUUCAAAAGGAACUUGGUGUUGAAGUUAGCAGUUACGACAGCUGCAACUUUGAUAUCAACAGAAACUUCCUCUUCCAAGGUGACUGGAUGCAACCUUUCCACCGUCUGGUACCAGGUAUCCUCGAGCAAAUUCCAGUCUUGAUCUAUGCUGGUGAUGCUGAUUUCAUCUGCAACUGGCUCGGAAACCAAGCAUGGACUGAUGCUCUUGAAUGGCCUGGCCAAAAGGAUUUCAAUGCCGCCAAGACCAAGGAUCUCCAAUUGGAGAACGGAGACAAGACUGGUACCUUCAAGAGCAGUGGUAACUUCACCUUCGCUCUUGCUGCUCAAUUCGUCAAGGCUCCUACAGAUCUUAUUAAUGCCACUGGAUACCUUGAUUUGCCAGUUCGAUACAAAGAAGUCCCAACUGGUGUAUGUGAAACGCAGGAAGGUGUUAAGAGUUACUCGGGAUAUGUGGAUGUCGAGGAAGAUCAACAUGUCUUUUGGUGGUUCUUCGAAACCCGUAACGGUAACGCAUCGGAGGCUCCAUUAACAGUAUGGAUCAACGGCGGACCGGGCUCUUCUUCUAUGAUUGGUCUUUUUGAGGAAAAUGGACCGUGUUAUAUUGAUGCAGAGGGAAGUGUGAUCAAUAAUCCUUAUAGUUGGAAUAAUGUUAGCAACAUGAUUUAUAUUGAUCAGCCUACUCAGGUCGGUUUCUCAUAUUCGAUUCCAGUCAAUGGAUAUGUUGAUCCUAGCUCGGGUUACAUCAUCACUUUGCCAAAUGCUACUUGUCCAGACUAUGCACAGGGUUCGGACUGCGGAACUUAUAGUUAUGGAAAUGAAAGUCUUACAGUCAAUACUACCCAGGCUGGAGCUCCUAACUUCUGGAAAACCUUGCAAGGGUUCAUGGGUGCUUUCCCUGAAUACUCUCGAAAUGGAUUUCACUUUGCGACUGAGAGUUAUGGUGGACAUUAUGGUCCAAUAUACAAUGAGUAUAUUGAAACUCAAAACGCCAAGAACAUCUCCGGUGCUCAUCAGAUCUCCCUUGAAUCGGUUCUGAUCGGAAAUGGCUGGUAUGAUCCAUUGAUCCAAUAUCAAGCUUACUACAACUUUACCGUCUACCCCGGUAACACUUAUGACUAUUCUCCCUUCAACGAGAGUGUACAAGCCCAAUUCUACAAUAAUCUCUACGGUGCCGGAAACUGUGUCGAUCAAGUCAAAGACUGUGCAGCGAGAGGUAUCAAUGAGAUUUGUCAAGCUGCAGAUGCUUUCUGUGCUGAUCUCGUAGAAAGUGUCUAUGAUAUCUACUUGGGAAGAGAUGAAUAUGACAUGAGAGAAUUGACACCUGAUCCUUUCCCAUAUGGUUACUACACAUCAUAUCUCAACACACCAAAGGUCCAAGCUGCUAUUGGUGCUUUCCAGAAUUUCACUAGUUAUGCAAAUGCAGUAGGAAGUGCUUUUGCCGCUACUGGUGAUGAUGAUCGAGAGUCUGGUACUAUUGAGGCGGUCAGAGCAUUGCUUAGCCAAGGAGUUUACGUUGCUAUGAUGGCCGGUGAUGCCGAUUACAAUUGCAACUGGCUAGGUGGAGAAGUAGUCGCCAACGAAGUAAACGCCACCAACUUCUCCGUCGCCGGCUACACCAAUAUUACCACCUCUGACUCCAUCGUCCACGGUCAAGUAAAGCAAUCCGGACUCUUCUCCUUCUCCCGCAUCUACGAGUCCGGUCACGAAGUUCCCUUCUACCAACCUCUUGCCUCUCUCGAAAUCUUCGAAAGAGUCAUUGGAAGAAAGGAUAUCGAAAGUGGAUUGAUUAGCAUUGAUAGUAACAAAACUUACUUGACGACGGGAACGCAAAAGAGUACGUAUAGAGAAGGCAACGCAACGAUCCAAUUCGAGGUUUUGCCAUCAAAUAGUACAUAUAACACCACUUUGAAUGGGCCAAACCCAGUAAGUCUCGCGAAGAGCGAAUUGAAGAGGUCACUUUUGGGGAGGGAUAGUGGAAGUGGAGGUAUGAAGAAGAGAUUUAAGCCGCAAAGUAAGAAAUCGAAGAGGACUUGGCAUUGA